AUGCUUGAAUCCGAACAAUUCCGUGAGGUAUUAAAUACCGACAUCACCACUCCUAUCCCAGAGGCUCUAGCGACCAAAAUUACAUCUUUGCCACCUUUUAUUCCCAUACAAGGAGUAUCCAACUUUCGGGAUUUGAGCCAUGAUGACAACAAACUACGUCCGGGAUUUGUAUAUCGAUCCGGGAACUUGUCAGAUAUCAUGGACUCUGGGAAAUCGAUCAUUGCAAGUGAACUAGGAAUCACCACAAUCUUUGACCUCCGAAACGAGGGCGAGCGACAAAAGGCGCCUGCAGCGUCCAUUCCUGGCGUCGAUACGAUAUGGAUGCCAUACGGUGCCCGACCGGCAACCUUGAAUCUCCGAGACUUUGCAGGUGAAGACAAAGGCUCGUUGGGAUUCGUGAAAAUGUACACGGGAAUCCUCGAAGCGGCCAAACCUUGCUUCACUGAGGUCUUCAACCAUAUCAAGGAUAAUCCAGACGACCCUUUUAUCUUUCACUGUUCUGCCGGUAAAGAUCGCACUGGUGUCCUGGCUGCUCUGAUUCUCCUCUUAAUUGGACGACCACACGAUGAGAUCAUCAACGAUUACAUCCUCACUCGCGCUGGACUGGAAAGCGCUCGGGAGAACCUCAUGGACGCUUUUGCCAUCAACAUGGAGACCGAUGAAGUCGAUAUCGGCCAGUUGAGCCCGGAGGCAUUGGGUAUGCUCGAAUUAUGCGGUGUUCGCGCGACUGCGAUGUCCGCUUUCUUGAAAACAUUCGAGAGUUCCUACAAAAACGGAGUUGAAGGUUACCUGAUUGAUGGACUUGGAUUCUCGCAUAGCGAUGUCGAAACGAUGCGCAAGAACCUGAUGAGCUAG